AUGUUUCAGGAUAUUUCUAACCCAUAUUUUAAUUUUAAUGUUUCUAGGUUUCUGGUAUACUGCAAGGUGACACUGCAUUUCUGUAUUUACUGGAGGUACAACUCAGCAGAAAUGCAGUUGUCAUUUUAGACACUGCGGCAACAAAGUUUUUUUUUGCGUGACUUUAACUUGCGGACAAGAUCUCUGUGGGUAAGUCUUUAUUGGAAUCUAGUAUCCUUAUAUUUUUAAAAACUCUUUAUAGAUUCUUUUCACCUUCAUGCAACAAAAAAAUAAAUUGGACACUGUCCAGAGCAAGAAGCCAAGAAAAUGAAAUGUUAUAAACAAUUUGUCCAAGUCUCGGGUCUUUGUGGCCCACAGUUUCUGAGUUACUUGUCGAAACGUUUCAUGCACCUUUUGUAGAGCUUUAUACGGAGAUGCCAUAUUGAUGUACUGUGUUGGUGCACCAAUACGGCUGCCAGAAAUCCGCAAAAACAUCUGGAGUUCACUUUUUCUAUAACAGCUCUUUCUUUUCACUGGGAAAGUAGCAUAUGUGCACAUAAACAUAUACUUGAAAUGGUUAUACUGCUAAAAAUCAAGAGGAGCUCACUUUUUUCAUCAAGACAGCAUUCCUAUUUUAGUGUCACACACUGUGAAAACUCAGAAGUUCAAGUUGUUGUAUUUUGGAAAUGAAACAUGCUACGGGACUGGAAACUUGUUCAAACGCGUGGUGAAGCUUAAAAAAAAACUUGCAUAAGCAGCCAGCACUUCUCUCAUUGUUAUUUUGCUAUCGCAGAGUCGUUAAUAGAAUGCAGCACCCAUUGAUCGAUUUUUUUUGAUUUAUAUAGCAGCUUAUUUUGCCUUUUACAUGUAGAUUCUCUUUAGUUUGUGUUCAUGUCAUGCCACCUUCUCAACGUUGGGCAUAUGAGCAGAUCGAAUCCUAUUGAGCACACUGUUGUACAGAGCUACUUGUAGCGUAACAACAUCCUGUAUAAAAUUGUUUGCAUGUUGCAAAAAUUACAGAAUAAGAGGUACAUGUCACUGGAAAGAGAAGCCUGUUGCUUUGAAGACGAGGAUGGCGGUGACUCUGUCCAUUGGCUCUAUCACUGUUCCUGCAACAAAAGAUACAGUGAUAGAGUGGCAGCAUUAGGAUGUCACAUCAAUAUGUCGCAUGAAGGUGGGUUGAGUUGAUAAUGUCUCAUAGUCACAAACAUUGUAGUACAAGUAGGCUUUAGUGGAAUGUGAACCUGUAAACCUGCUUUAGUGGUGUAUUGUUCUGUCCAACUUUAGUUAUCAAAUAUAUAGUAUGUUGAUAUGUAAUAUACCCAAGUAGCAUUUUACUUCCUACAUUAUUUUUUUUGCAGAAUAAUGAUUUAACAGACCCUCGCAGUUACAUUUACUGAACUUAAGUAGCUGUGAGGAUAUAUUCCUCUGUUUUAGAAGGAUAAUGGUAUAGGAGUUAUUUUUUGUUGUUGUGUAAAAAGUGGUAUUAAACGUAGGUUUUCAUUCCCAAUUUCCUUAGCAUACAUAUUAUAAGUAGGGCUAGGAGAUAAAGGGGUCUUUGACACCCACCUAGGUGUUAGUUAUUUUUGUUAAUCUAGUCAACUUGUAUUCUUUGUUUUCUUAUCACAUGGCAAUUAGGGAGCAGGCUGCAAUCGUAUACCUCGUAGUUAAAUCCAGAUAUUGUUGUUAAAGAACUCUUAAUGUAACAAUUUGGCAGCAAGGCAACUUCGUCUUCAAAUACCAUGUUGGGUUAUUGUUAAAACAGUUGAGUCUCGAACACUCUUACCCUUGCUAACUCAAACCAAUUUGUUGUGUCCGGCCUUCAAGCCAUUUAAAUGCAAUAACUCAACUUCCAACAACUCAGACCUUUUUCAUUUUCCCUUGGAGGUAGAGAGUUUAUCGGAAGUUGACUGUGACUUUAAUUUUUUUCAAGUGCAAUCAAUCUCCAACAUGUUACAUUUUCUGUAUGGAUUUUAUUUAAUUGCUAUGAGUGUGUGAAUCAACAAACAAAACGUAACAAACUCUGUGCAUCUGCUACUUGUAGGUGUUUGUCACUAUUAAUUUUUAUGCUGUAUGCCUUAGUGACUAGUUUUCCAUUAUUAUUUUGAGUAUAUAUAGUUUGUGUUUAGGAAACAUAUUAACCAUAGUAGAUCAGGCCACAUCUGCAACUUAAAAGCUAACUUAGUUGAAAUCAAUUUACAGUGCAGUAUGCUUCAAGGACUUUUUCUCCCGUUCACGUUCAAAUGUCAAUCUGCAAAGUUAUUUUCUCAUGUUAAUUCAAAAUACAAAGAAACUGUUAAUUUCUUUUUAGAAUGGCUCCAAAUGAAUCCUGAAUGCCUCCAUGGUCAGGUUUUGAGGCUACAAAUGCCUCAUUUUGAUGCAAUGUAUCUAUCAUACCUGUUGUGGAAACAGGAGACCAAGGUUUGCAUAUGUCUAUUGACUAAUUAUCUGAAGUUCUGCUAG